CUCACCCCCACCCGCACCCCCACCCCCUGGGCACCAUGAACACCAACGUGUGCGUGGAGACGGGGCCCACCGCCGAGGCGCCGGGCCUGCCCAAGGAGAACCACCUGCCCGACGGCGCCCUCAACAGCCUUGUGGAUUACAACUCGGAGAUGGAGAGGUACCGCUCCUUCGCCACCUUCUACAAGACCAACGGCGGCGCCUUCCCGCAGGCGGCCAAGAUCGCGCGCAUCACCACCCCCAUCUUCCCCAGCGCCGCCGCCGCCGCCGCCGCGCGCAUCGGCAUGUCGCCCUGGAACUGCGACACGGCCACGGCCGCCGCCGCCACCGCCAUGCUGUGGGGCAGCGGCGCGGGCGGCGGCGGCGCGGGCGUCGGAGGCCCCGCCAACCCGGCGGCGGCCGUGGCCGGCGGCGUGGCGGCCCGCAAAGCCGCCGCAGCCGCUGCCGCCUCCUCCGCGGCCGCAGCCGCCGCCGCUGCAGCCGCCGUGGUGUCGUCGUCGGUGUCGUCUGUGUCGUCGUCGCUGCACGCCGCCGGCCGGAGUGGCGGGGGCGGUGGCGGGGCCGGAGCCAGCGGCCUGCACCACCGCGGCGACUCCCAGCAGCGCCUAGGCAAGCCGGGCUGCGCGCCGGCCGAGCAGGCCUCGUUGCAAAUGGCCAACAACAACUUCCUCUCCACCUUGGCGCCCGAGCACUGCAGACCUUUGGCGGGCGAAUGCAUGAACAAGCUCAAAUGCGGCGCCGCCGAAGCGGAGAUAAUGAAUCUCCCCGAGCGCGUGGGGACUUUUUCCGCUAUCCCGGCUUUAGGGGGCAUCUCAUUACCUCCCGGGGUCAUCGUCAUGACAGCCCUGCACUCCCCCGCCGCAGCCUCCGCAGCCGUCACAGACAGCGCGUUUCAAAUUGCCAAUCUGGCAGACUGCCCGCAGAGCCAUUCCUCCUCCUCGUCGUCCUCCUCCUCCCUGGGAGCCGCCGGAGGAGGAGGAGGCGGAGGGGGAGGCGGGGGCGGGGGAGGAGGAGGAGGCGGGGGAGGCGGAGGCGGAGGAGGGGCAGGCAACCCUGCCAAGAAGAAGAGGAAAAGGUGCGGGGUGUGCGUGCCCUGCAAGAGGCUCAUCAACUGUGGCGUGUGCAGCAGUUGCAGGAACCGCAAAACGGGACACCAGAUCUGCAAAUUUAGGAAAUGUGAAGAGCUAAAGAAAAAACCUGGCACUUCGCUAGAGAGAACACCAGUUCCCAGCGCCGAAGCAUUCCGAUGGUUCUUUUAAGCAGUAGUAUUAUCUUAUUUUCAAGGCAGCCUGAAGUGAAUGGCAAGCUAAGGUCUUGUUUUAAGAAACUGCUUAGUCCACCACUGAAGAAUAUAUUCAGAUAACUAUUUUCACUUAUGUAUAGGGGUUUCCUCAAAAACAAAAAACAAAUUAUGAAGUAGGGUGGUCUCCGGGUAAGAGGGGAAGGGAAAGCCACUUUGAAUAACCCAUCGGCGAUAAUGCAGAUGUUUCUCCCCACUGAAAUGCCUGAACAUAAGAUAGUACUGUUUGAGCUCCUAACUCAUCAUGUUCACGUUCACUGUCUUGUGUUUUCAUGCUGUUCAGAAAAACCCUCCUUGCAGUCACUUGUCCGUCCCCGCCCCACUGCUGCCCACCUUUCCCCAAAUGACCCCAGUUGCAUUUUUAGCAACUGGUUCCAGUUUUAGCUACCGCCGUUUGUUUUCCUCUCUAAAGACCCCUCCAAAUAAGGGAACACGCCAUACCAGAGGACUCUAACCAGCUCGUGAGGGCCACUCUCUUAUCAGGAGACCACCACAUCUGGGACCCUGGGGGAAUUGGCCAGUUGACUCACAUUCAGAACACCAAUUCUUUCUUUGAUGUAAUUUAGCUAUACUAGUGAAGUUGUUGUCUAUUUUUAAAGUGGCUGUAAAAAAAAAAAAAAGUUUGGGUAAACCCCUGCUAUAAAAUAAUGUAUCUUUACAAAGUACCAUAUCUAUACUUCAUUUUCCAAUAUAUGUGUUUCAGUACUGUAAACUGUACAGAUAGCAGCUUGUAUUUUGUGUGUUUAGACACAAAGAGACAAUCACGUCUGAGCGUCUAUGGAGCGUAACUGUUUGUACACAACAGUGUGGUUCUGCAAGUUAAAUCCGGAGCAAUAAAUCCAAGUUUUUAAGUAUUAUUUCUGCCAGUUGUCCAGUAGCACCACUGUUUUUACCAUUUAUACCUGAUGCAAAGUUGUGCAAGACAUGUGCAAGAUUAUUAUGCAUCCAACAAAUACCUUUUGGACCAUACUGUUGUAUGAAAAAGAAAGACAUAAAAUGUAAAAGUUAAUUGUUUGUGAGCACGGUAUUAGAGUAGCAAAUGCUUAAUUGCGUUGCUUCGGAAAGAGCUUUACAGAACAGGAUCCGUCCAAAGCAUGUACAUUUAGCAGACCCACUUUGCACUGCACCACAAAAUAGAGUUUACAGCAUAAGAGGACAUACAGAAAGGAUUUAACAGAGAGUUAUAUCAAAGUUGUUUUAGGAUACAAAAUGAAAAGAGUACCAAACCUUAUUUCGGGGUGGGGUGGGGGAGAUGGAAAUUUGUCACUCAAUAUAUUUACCUUCCCUCUGGAAGUUGUUUUAUAGACCUUUCAAUAGGAUUUUUUUUAAAAAAUACCCUUUAUAAUGUAUCUGAAACUAUUUUUGCCCUAUGUGCAACAUUUAUUUCUUAGAAUAGUUUGUAAGGUUAGAUGGCAUUGCAUCAUCUCUGCAGGUCAUGAGAGCCUGAAUAUCUUUAUGGUGUUCACAAAUAUUAGCACUUCUAAUGCAAUUAAAAUUGGGGUGGGGUGGGGGUGUGAUUUAUACUUUUCUCUGCCUAAUUUUGCCCUGCUGGGAGUCAGUGGAAUUACUCGGCAUGGAAUUUUAACUGUACCGACAAACCAUUGGCUUUGCUGAUUAGGCUCUGGUUAAAUUGUUCAUAGCAAAAUCCCAUACAUGCCCAUUCACAAGUAAGCCCCCCUGAGUUCAAUGAGAUUGAACAGGUAACUGUGCAUAGGAUUGCAGUCAUUUUUUAUCAUGGGGGAAACUCACAGGCUUGAAGAGUAUUAGAUGGUUUGGGCAGCCUCAAAGAGUUUUGAUUUAAGAUGAGCAGAAAAGGCCACCACAAUGAAUCACUUCCUCUGUCUAGCUUGUUUUCAGCUGCCUUUAAAACCAGGAGGGUGUUUUUUUAAAAAGAUUUCUUUUAUCAUAUCAAUUUUGUUUAACCCUUGAAAGUAGCAUUUGAGGAGUAGCACCAGAAGAGUGAAUUGGUUCUCUCUCACUACACAGCAAGGACAUAGCUCUGGCUCAGCCAUAGUGCUGCACCAUAGUCUAGCAUUACAACACCAAGCCUAGUUUGCACCCCAGGACUAUGAGCUUCCUCUGGAGUUUGAAAGCUCCCACUUGCAUUUUAGUACAAUACAACUUGCUUUAUCUUUGAAACUCAGACAAAUUCAGGUUAAUCUUAACUAUAGUUAGUGGAAACAAGCCAACUUUAAACCAUGGUUUAUAAAUAUAGGAUGUUUUCACUAACCAUUGUUGAUCUUUAUUGCACAGCAUACUAAACAACAUGUUCUGACAGCAUGAUAAACUGGGCUUGUCUUGUGUAAUGUUAAACUAUGGUUUAGUGUUAUGUCUGACAACACACUUACAUAUUAUUCCCAGAAUUAGUCUAAUUGAAAUCAAUGGAAUUUAAGGGUUUAAAAGGAGCUCUUGAGGCACAUUAUUUUCUCUUAGAUCCAUGGGGUUAACUUUUUGAGGAGUGUGUGUGCAGUUCCAGGUUCUUUUCACAGCUCAACUUUAUACAUCUUUGGAACAUUUUCUCUAUGGCUUUCUACUGGAAAGCUCAGAUGAAAGGAUACAAUCUUGCUAUGAAGAGUUGUAGUGUAUGAGAAGUGCUCGUGUGAAUGUUCCCAUGUCCUAGUAGGAGACACCUACCUCUCAGCUGGGCUACACCUUUUAAUUAAAUAAAUAGGUUUGUACCAGGUCCCUGUAAAAUGAUGUGUUCAAGGGCCCUUCCAGGCAUCUUCAACUGUGGAGACAGGAAGCUUCUAAUCCCUAGACUUUGGACCCAAGUGUGUGGUAUUUUGACACGCAAUGAUGCCUCUCAGGGCUGGUCUAGGUUUUUGCUGUCCAAAAUGGCUAAUAUACAUGUCCUAAGAGGUAAGCCCCAGCAUCUCCUGCAGCACCACACAAGUACACCUCUUGAACUAUAAGUAACUUCCCAUGGGAACCUUGCAGGCAUCUCAGGGUUGAAGGACCAGUUUGGGCUGGCUUCCCAAGAUGCUUCUGAAGAUAUCCCUUUGGAAAAGAUCUCUGCCCUUCCCCAGAGACACUUCCUGCACCUCUUGUUGAGUGCCAUCCCGGAUGAGGCCUUGAAAGUUUCUCUACUUUAAAUCUACAUAAGUGGGGGAAACCUCAGGUCCAGGGGACCUGUCUCCCGGGACCCUUCCCCGUGCCACACCUCUCAGCAGCCCUGUUUCACAUCUUCCCUGAGGGUUUUUGCCUCACUGAAGUGUAUCCUUGAACUCUGAUGGUGCCUCUUGUUUACCUGAAUGGAGGAUAAAGAGGGGCGUGCAAAGGUGUAUAAAAACAAGCUUAUCGCACAAAGAUCACAAUUCCAUUCAUUGCUCUGUUGGCUUUUGCCUAUGGCCCCAUCUACCGCAGGGAUGUAGCUCUCCGAAGCUUUCCCUGGAGGGAGCGUGGGAGGAGAAGAAACCCAUAUCCUGCUCUAGAGUAAAGAAGUUGUAUAUGGCCUUUUUUCAUUCCGAGAAAAAAAAGCCCCAAACUUUUUAUUAUUAUUAAGAAACAACAGAUAAUUGAUUGCUUGAAGCCUUACUGACCCAACUGGCUGUUGAGCUUGCCUUGUUUGGAAGACCUUUUGUGAUUGCGGUUAAAAGUAGGGACAGAAAAAUUCAGUUCAGGCUACGUUAGGUGUACAAUGAUUCAUAGCAAUGUACUGUCUUAAUACCCUGAUGUUGCAUGUGUCAAUGUAGUUUCAUUUCUGGGUUUUUAUGUUUUGUUUUGUUUUGUUUUGUUUUGUUUGAUUGAUUUCGGAAGAGCUGAUGAAUUUGUAUAUCGUAAUUGUGAUGUUUUUUACAUGUCAAAUCCGAAUGGUUAAAAAUUCCAAAACUGUCAAUUAUAAUUAUUAUUAUUAAAAAGGACAUGGAUACAUUCACUUGGAUCCCCGCAAUUAUUAUUAUUAUUAUUAUUGGAAUUUCUUUUAGUCUAUGUCUACCAGCCUUAUCAAGAAUUUUUGUUUCAUUGACACACAAUUUGUAUGAUGUGUAGUGCAUAUAUUUGAGUAUUUUAGUUGCAAGUGUUUUGAAGAAGGAAAUCUCUUUUCUGACCUCUUAGCCUCUUUUCUCCUGUAUAUGGUUAUCAUUUGUAACAUAGAUUAUUGUUAGGGGUUUGAAUCUCAUUUGUGUUUCCCAAAACCUCCUCAAAUGAUUUAGGCUGCAAUCCUAACCGGUGUGUGUUGAUGGGGGUGGGGGAGAACAAAGGUGGUUUGACCACCUCAUCCAACAUUCUGCUAGGAUCUCCUGGCUUGCUGGGUGGUAGUGAAGGCAUUGGAAAACUCUACACAUACAUAUCUUAAUUUAUUUACCCCCCCCAUUUUACCUCCAUUGUUUCCAAUGGGAGGGGGAAAGGAGGGAGGAGUUUAGACAUGCUCAGAAGCAUGUCUGAGUUCCCACCUGACUUGUGAGCAGGACAGGGGACCAGGAGGGCUUGGAAUCUCCAACAUUGGAGCUCUGUCAAAACUCCCUUUCCAGGAUCAGAGCUCCACUCUAACACCAUGGGGUUUGAGCCAAUCCAGCCUAAAGCAACUUUGAUGCCCUCCAAUGGAUCAUACAGUUGCAUCCUUAACAUAUAUAAUAUGGACUUCUAAUACUGCUCCUACACACACACACACACACAAUUUGGUCCAGUAGUUUCGUGCUGAGGUUCUCCCAUUUUGGGCAAAUGGACAACUCUGUGUGAACUAGUGGAUGCAAUUGCAGAGGUCCCUAUUUCACUGGAGUGAAUGGGGAACCAAAACACGCUGUGCAAAAGGUUCUGUGUGUGCCUCACAAAAUACAGGAAGGAUUGGGACAAAAGACUGCAAUUUUGAUGUCUUUUAGAGCUGAGGGCUAAGUCUGCCAAACCGAAUGCAGUAUUUUUAUUUUUUGCCAUACCUCAGAUAAACCUGUUCAGCUGUAAGGUUGCAAGUGAAGCAUGCAUAGGCGUUAUAGGACUUAAUAAUAGUCAACUCUGUAAGAGAAAGGAAAUAUUCCCUUUUGUUCAGAACCCCCUGGUAUGCAAGUCACACAAUUAACACUAAAGAAUAUGAAGUCUUUAAACGGGCUGUGUCUGUAAUCAAAUAAUGAAAGAGAAAAAACAGAGAGAAAGCAAUUAAAUGAACAUACCAUCCAGGGUCGAAUACAUCCAGCAAAAAUCAGUGGUGGGUCUUUGAUCAUAGUUGGAUGCAUAGUGAUAUCAAACGGAUGGUUCUCAUGUAACAGCUAAAUAUUUCAGAUUUUGUUUUUAUUAAAUUUGGCAGUUUCACACUGAGAUCUGCUGAUUCCUGGCAAAUAAAGGACAGCUCAAAUGUGAGAAAGUAUUCCAUUUUCACAAUUGCAGGGAGCUAGGAUUACUUUUUUUCCCCUCAGAAAAAGAGACCACAAAAAUGUACUCCUUUCACACUGUUCUCCUAUUUCUGAACUGUGCAGUUAUCUAUUAAAUUUUCUAAUAGAUCUUUGUGUAAAGUGUAUGUAUGCUUGUGCAAUUAUGAAAAAAGCAGUUUUUGAAAAUGGUGUAUUUAUUUCAAAUCACUUAUGGGGCAUGUACAAAACUGUAUAAACCCAUUCAAUCUGCCCAGUAAAGUUGUUUUUGUGAUAUUUCUGUGUUGUUGAAUAAAGGAAUUUAGUACUCUAAA